AUGGAACUCAAGAAUGUGCACACUAAAAAGAUCAUGUUCAAAAUCAAGUUCUCGGAUAACGCAUAUCAAGCCAAUCCAGUCUUCGGUACAAUUGAACCUGGAAAGACUGCAGAGGUCUGGAUCACUCACAACAAAUCACCACAUAAAGAAGCUAAAAUGGUCAUUGUCAAUUCUAAUUACGUUGGAGAAAUGGAUCUGGCAAAAUCGUUCAGAAGUGUGAGACCAACUGGUGGUCAAGUAACUGUCAAACUGAUUGCCAACUGA